AUGCUACAUGAGGCUGAGAUGAUGCAAAGUCACCCUUCCAUGCUUGGCUUUUUGGCCGCCGAAGCGUACCUUAACGCCCUCAAGGAUAUGGACUGGCCCAACACAAUCAUUGCAUCGGCUAGCAAGCGUGGCUACCCUGAAGCUCUUGGGACUUCUGAAAUGAAAAUAGACGGCCCAACGGCAUUUGGCUUCGGAUCGGAACUGGGUGCCGGUGUCGGAACACUUGAGAUGGGUAGCCUCAUAAGAUUCAUGUCUGAAGAUGACCUGGAUAUACUUUGGACGGAACCGGGAGCAGAUCCGUACCACAUGUCUCGACGUGACUCUCAGUUCUACAAUCGUUCCCUCUACAACAAAGCUCUCUCUUCCUGCCACGGGAAGCCUUCCAGUCUGGAGGACUAUGAGGCCACCGAUUACAAUUCGAAGGUUAUUCCACGCAACAAAAUGCCACCAGGCCCGCCACGGGACUAA